CGCAAUGUAUAAUAAACCAUAAACGGCAAUAUUGCGAUGCAAUUUCUUAACACCCGAAAUAAUAAUCUACGCCAACGCCUAAUGGGGAGGAUACACCUUCUUUCAACGAGAGCCGAUACUGUCCAAGCGAAUUGCAAGAUCCAGCUCAGUAACUCCCAGUGUUAGCUCAGUUUGAAGUGCUACUAUCCGACGGUGAAGGCGGCAAAGAAUGGAAAGCGCCGACGUUUUCUUGGGCUUACAUGAUUUCCUGGAGCGCAUGCGCCAACCAUCUGCCGCCGAUUUUGUCAAAGCAAUUAAGAGCUUUAUUGUAUCAUUCUCGAAUAAUGCUCCAGAUCCAGAGAGGGAUAGUGCCGCUGUACAGCAGUUCCUUGCCAAUAUGGAAGCAGCUUUCAGGGCUCAUCCACUAUGGGCUGGGUGCUCUGAGGAAGAGCUGGAGAGUGCUGGUGAAGGGCUGGAGAAGUAUGUCAUGACGAAGUUAUUUACCCGUGUAUUUGCUUCACUUCCAGAUGAUGUAAAACUUGAUGAACAUCUUUCUGAAAAGAUUGCUUUGAUUCAACAGUUCAUUCGACCAGAAAAUUUGGAUGUCAAAUCAAAUUUUCAGAAUGAAACAUCAUGGUUGCUUGCUCAGAAGGAGUUACAGAAGAUCAACAUGUACAAGGCACCCAGAGACAAACUAGUGUGUAUCCUGAAUUGUUGCAAGGUUAUCAACAACUUACUGAUUAAUGCUUCUAUUGCUUCAAAUGCAAAUCCUCCAGGAGCUGAUGAAUUUCUUCCUGUGCUGAUUUACGUUACCAUAAAGGCAAAUCCUCCACAACUUCACUCCAACCUACUAUACAUACAAAGGUUUAGACGUCAAUCACGAUUGGUUGCAGAAGCAGCUUACUUUUUUACAAACAUGCUCUCUGCUGAGUCCUUCAUCAGAAACAUUGAUGCUAAAGCCGUUUCAAUGGAUGAAGCUGAGUUUGAGAGAAACAUGGAAUCUGCUCGUGCUGUUCUCUCUGGGCUUUCAACUGAUCUGCAAGAUCAGCCCAGAUUACCUUUUCAAAAUUCUGGAGAUCAUUCAAGAACAGAACCAUUUAAGGAGUCUGCAUCACAGACCAAGCCAUCUGAAUCGAAAUCUGAAAAUAAGAAAGUAACUUUUGAAGAUCAGUUACCAUUGACAAAGAUUCCAUCCCUCUCAGAUUUGGAGAAUAAAGGGGCAAGCAUGCUUUUGAAGGAGGAUGGAGUGAAUGAAGUUUUCAGGGAGUAUCCAUAUUUGUUUGCUCGCGCUGGUGAUCUAACAGUCAGUGAUGUGGAAGACCUGCUAAAUAGUUACAAGCAACUUGUUAUCAAGUACGUAUGUCUUUCCAAGGGGUUAGGUGUUUCUCCUACAUCUCAUCCUCCAUCUGAUACACAAAAUAAUGUACAAAAUCUCGUUGAAACCAAAAUAGAUUCUUCAGAUAGUGGACCUGUGGAUGCAGAUGAAAAAACAGAAAAAUCUCCGGAUAGGACAGAGGAUACUUCUGAGGGAGUAUCACUUUCUAGGGAGAAAAAUCUUGAAUGCGAUCUGCCGCCCCAGGAUGAGGCAGCUGCACCUCAGGCUGGAGGCAGUUUAGAAUCCUCUAACUAAUAGCAACUAGCAUCUAGAUUUUUCUUUAUUUUUAUUUUAGUUCGCAUUUUUCAUGUAAUAUUAGUUUCUGUUUUCCGUUCUGUGAUGGCUGCCAUAGCUUUCCUUUUCAUACGGGUUGGCAAUGCCACCCUUUGAUACUAAAUGAACUCCUUUUCAGAAUUUUGAGAUCCUAUGAGAAAGUUAUCGAGAACGAGUGUGAGAUUUGGCAUUUA